CAACUUAUGGUGUCGCACGUGUUAAUGCCCAACUCACAAACCAAACGGGGAAAUGCAAAUUCACAAUAACAAGAAAAACCAAAUCAUCGCACAAACACAAUAGAACAACAAGUAUUAUUUUUUCGAUGAGAUGAACAACAACAACAACAACUAAAACAACGUUCUAUUCCUCUUCUCUUCUCUUCAUUCAUUCCUUCAUUCUCUUCUUCUUUCAACAUUCUUUCAUUCCAACUCACACAACCUACCACAAUUCGAACAUUCUAGAAUUCUCCAAAACCCGACACCCUCCAACUUUCUUUUUUUUCGAACCUUAACCAGAGCUAGGGUUUCGAUUUUAUUCACCAAGUGCGGGCAGUUGAAAUUUUUCUCUUAAAUCCCAAAAAUUUCUUAAUGCAGGAAAAAGUUCUGGUGUGCCCAAAGGACAGCCUUGACACAUUGAGAAAGCUUAUGUGAAACAAUAUGACUCUUGAAGACUUCUUUACGUUGACUGAGAUGAAAGAUGGGCUCACAGCCCCUUCUCGAGUGCAGGAGUUGGUCUCUGUAAUGAAGAAGGAGCAAGACAGUGUUGUGAAGAACACUGGUGAUGCAAUGAGACAGUGGGCUGCUGUUGCAAGCACUAUUGCUGCUACAGAGAAUAAAGACUGCCUCGACCUUUUUAUUCAAUUAGAUGGACUUUGGUUCAUCAAUAGAUGGCUAAAUGAUGCUCAAAAAUUUGGUACUGAUUCAAAUGAUGGCUUCAUGGAAGAGUCAAUUACUGCAAUGUUACGAGCAGUUGAAAAGCUAUAUCUAGACAAUGAGAAGUCAAUUUCAUCCGGAGUUUGGGCAACUAUAAGUAACCUUCUUGGUCAUCACAGCUCUAAGGUUCAAGAUAGUGCAAGAGUACUAUUUGACAAGUGGAAAGGUGUUGGAAAUGGAGAUACUGAAUCUCACGAUAUGGAUACUGGUCAAACAAACAAUAUGAGUGAGAAUCUCAGGGAGGAAGGCCAGUUAUCUUCAGUGAAUGAGGCUAGUAAUGACAAUGAUCGUGUCUUGCGACUUGUAGGAGGGGAGAAGUCUAUAUUGAGAAGCUUAGAAACUCAAGUACCAGAUAAGGUUGCUGAUGUACAGAUAGAGAGUUCUGGCAUUGUGCACCAAUCCUCUGUAAGUUUGGAUUCUGAAGAUAUCAAAGAAAAAUCAAACAAUGUUGCUACUGUUUUGACUUCUGUUCAAGAAAAUGCUCCCAUAAGUGAAGGUGAGAUGAAAUUGUCUGGGAUCUGUAACUCACCUGUACCAAAACAAGGCAGUUUCAGAGAACAACAAGAUGAUAUGCAGUUAAAUGACUUAUCUAUAAAGGAGAAGCAAGAGCUAAAUGAUAAUGGCCCUCCAGAAAAAUCAGGAGUACCAAUAAAUCCUGAGCCUCAGCCUGAACCUGUUUCUGUUGGUGUUAGUGAAUCACCAGUUAAGCCUGUGCCUGCACCAAUAAUGCCUGUAUCUUCUUUAGAACAUAAUGUUGAAAGCAAUGAAGAUGGUAUUUGUAAUAAAAUAAUUGCUUCUGGUAGUAUGAGAGCACCUGCCUCUGAUAGAAUGAGUGUGGUGGAUGAUGCCAGAGCCAUAAGCACUCCACAACUAUCCAAAGAUUCAGAGAAGGAAGAAGUCAAGGGCCAUGUUUCUGAUCAAGGCAACGAUUCCUCAAAUGGCUCUGAUUCUUUUAAACAAAGAAAAGUUCCCAGAAGCCCCAACAUUAUUGACAAGAAUUCUGACAUCGAACUUAAGUAUGGUAUUGUUGAUGCUUUAGAAGUUGCUCGACAAGUUGCUCAAGAAGUUGAUAGAAAAUAUGCCAGAUCUGUAAAGGAAGACGAGGACCAAGUUUCUGAUCAAGAUGAUGAUACCUCAAAUAGUUCUGACUCAUUCAAACAGGGCAAACGUUCCAGAAGCCCCAACAUUGUUGACAAGAAUUCUGACGUUGAACUUGAGUAUGGUAUUGUUGAUGCUUUACAAGUCGCUCGACAAGUUGCUCAGGAAGUUGAAAGAGAAAUCAAGAACUCUUCUUCAGAGAAAAUCUCAGAAGAUGGAAAUAGGCAAGCUGGCAGUCCGGAUUCUGUAGGGAAAAAUGAACUUUCUUGUCCCCUACCCGAGGAGGUGUCAUCCAGGCAAAGCAACUCUGCUGAGGCAUGUCCUGAGGAGAGGCAUAUGAGUGUUUCGGAUGGUAUUGUGGCUGAGCCAGAAUGCAUCCCUGAUUUGGAGUCCUCACAGUUGACUGAAGCAGCUCAAGACCCAGGAGGUAAUUCUGAGAAAAGCCUCUGUACCUUUGAUCUUAAUGAAGAAUAUGGUUCUGAUGAUAUGAAUGUUUCUGCAAAUACCAUAUCUACCACACCAAUACCUGUUGUCUCUGCUUCAAAACCUGCACAAACUUCAGGAUUGCCAACAGCCCCUUUACAGUUUGAAGGAACACUUGGAUGGAAAGGGUCAGCUGCUACCAGUGCCUUUCGUCCUGCAUCACCUCGUAAAAAUUCUGAUAGUCAGAAGAAUGUUUCUGCUGUUGUAAACUCUGAUAUUUCCAAACAGAGGCAGGAUUUUCUUGAUUUUGAUCUGAAUGUGGCUGGGGGUGAAGAAGAAUUGGUAAAACAAAUUGGUGAGUCUUCGGGCCUGCCUUCUGGGCAAUCAUCAGUGGAACAUAGUCCUAAAAGAUCAAGGAGGUUUGAAUUAGAUUUGAACAGUGCUGGUGAUGAUGGUGAUACCCAGCCUUCAGAUCAGAGGAUGGAGGGGCAGCUCUUUUCUGGAAGAAAUGGCUAUUGGAGUCCAUCACCUGCAUCGUCGUCAUCAUCAAUGCAGCCUUCAGUUCGAAACAUUGAUUUGAAUGACAGACCAUACUUUCAAACUGAUUUAGUGGACCAAGGGCCUACUAAAUCUUCUACAAGUAUUGAAGCAUAUGGACUUUCCAAACCAGAUGCUCCUGCUAUAUCUAUUUUAGGUGCCAAGGUUGAAGUUGGUAGAAGAGAACAUUUUCCUCAAAUGUGGUCUUUGCCAAAUGGCAAGGCUAUUGAGCCUGCAAUAGAUCUUACAAUGAUGCCAGGAGCAGGUGGUGUUUCAGGGAUGGGACCUGCAGUAUCCUUCAAUCAUUCAACUUUUAUGGGAUAUAAUGGACUGACAUCAGUUCCCCCUUUGUCUUUUUCGUCACCCAUGUAUGGAUCAGGCGGUACAAUUCCAUACAUGGUGGACUCAAGAGGAGCUCCAGUUGUGCCUCAAGUUGGUGGAUCUUCCUCAACCGUCCUGUCAUCUUACGCGCAGCCUCCAUAUAUUAUGAGUAUGACUGGUACACAACUUGCUUUAAAUGGUGUCCGACCUUCCCGUCCCAACUUUGAUCUUAACUCUGGCUUGUCGAUUGAUGGUGGGAAUAGAGAUGUGUUGACUGCAAGGCCAUUUUUCUCUCCUAGUCAGAGCAGAGCUAUGGAGGAACAUUUAAGGACCCUUCCACAAUCCUCAAGUUCAGGGGUUGGGUCGAAACGAAAAGAACCAGAUGGUAGCUGCUGGGAAACCUAUCCAUUUGGCUACAAACAUCAGCAACCUCCGUGGAAGUAGCUCUAAUAUAUGUUUUUGUCUCUUCUGAUCUGUUCAUAGAUAUAGCCUACCAAUUGAAGUUUAUAUUAUUACCUAAAAUGGUCCGGAAGAAUUCGCCAAUCCAUCGAAAUCCCUUGGCAAGAGGAGGAGAAUCAGAACCAAUAAACAGGUGGAGGGUGAUGGAUGUUUUAUGAUUCAUGAUAUUUAUUGGCAAAGGUUGAAAAUUAGGCUUUAUUUCUUCUGUUUUUCUUUUCUUGCAGUUUCAUAGAAAGCCAUUACAGGCACAGAAAGCUUGGCAUAUGUAGUUGUAAUCUCAUUUUCAUUUCAAAAAAAUUAUAGGCACAGUAUCAUGUUUAUCACUGUUAGUGGUACUUGAGUACAUGCUCACAAAUUUAGUUGAUUUUAGUGAGUUUUCAUUAUCAUAGCAAUAACAUGUAAAGAGAAAGCUUUUUGUUCAAAACUUUUCCGCUUAUAUAAGAUACAAGCUAACUUGAUACGAGUUGUCCUGGA